UGCUACUCGAGGGAGUGGCAAUCGCGGCGCCAUCGCAGGCUGCUGGAAUCGGCGCUCCAUCGAGGAUCAGGGCGCCCGGAGUGGCAGCCAGAUGUUUUGCUCGGCCUUGCGCGAUGGAGCUUGAAAAUCUAGCUCCAGGGUCAGUGGAUGCGAAGAAGGAGCUUAGCAUGUCGACGGAGAUUAUGCAAUUUAGCAGCGAAUUCGAUCCAUUUGGAGCUCUUAGCACACCGCUGUAUCAGACGGCAACUUUCAAGCAACCAUCAGCUACCGAAUGCGGCCAGUAUGACUACACGAGAAGUGGGAAUCCAACUCGUGAUGCUCUUGAAUCGUUGCUAGCAAAGUUGGAGGGUGCUUCCCGAGCGUUUUGUUUUACCAGUGGAAUGGCUGCGCUAAGUGCUGCAUCCCAUCUAGUUUCAGCAGGAGAAGACAUAGUUGCAGGCGAUGACAUCUAUGGCGGAUCUGAUAGACUUCUGUCCCGAAUUACUCCAAAUUCUGGAAUCACUGUGAAGCGUGUAGACACCAGUAAUCUAGAGGAUGUUCGACGUGCCAUAUCUUCGUCUACGCGACUUGUGUGGCUCGAGAGCCCGACUAAUCCUCGUCAAAUCAUCUCCGACAUUCGGGCAAUCUCAAGAAUUGCUCAUGAGAACGGUGCUUUAGUUAUGGUAGACAAUAGUAUCAUGUCUCCGGCGUUGUCCAAACCAUUGGAGCUUGGCGCAGAUAUUGUCAUGCAUUCGGCAACUAAAUUUAUUUCCGGCCACAGCGACCUCAUGGCUGGUGUGCUUGCUGUCAAAGACGAUGAAUUGGCAAAGAAAAUUUACUUCCUCCAAAACGCCGAAGGAACCGGCCUAGCACCCUUUGAUUGUUGGGGGUGCUUGCGAGGGAUCAAAACCAUGCCGCUCCGUGUGGAGAAGCAACAGCAAAAUGCCCAGGUGAUAGCGGAGUACCUGGCCUCACAUCCAAAGCUCGGCAACGUUCGCUAUGCGGGAUUGCCCAGUCACCCAGGACAUGAACUUCAUUACAGCCAGUGCAUGGGAGCUGGAUCUGUUCUAAGCUUUUACACGGGCUCGGUCGCAGUUUCCAAGCACAUCGUCGAGCAAACUCGGCUUUUCAGCAUCACAGUGAGCUUCGGGAGUGUGAAAUCGCUGAUAAGCUUGCCGUGCUUCAUGUCCCACGCGAGCAUCCCCGUGGAAGUCCGCAAAGCUCGAGGCCUCCAGAAAGAUCUCAUAAGGAUCUCUGUGGGCAUCGAGGACGUGAAUGACUUGGUAGAAGAUUUGGAGCAAGCCAUCGCUAGCGCUCCCUGGGAUUGACCCAACACUGGUUUCCUUCCAGCCAAUUUUCUUCCGGCGGGAAAUAUACACCUUUUAUCAUCUGGGAAGAACUAGGGUUUAUA